AUGCCGGACUUCGCCUUCCCCCCGGGCUUCACAAUCCCCACUCCUCGUCUCCAAAUCACCCCCUUCAACCCCACAGACCCAACCCACAGCGCCUUCCUAGUCCAACUCUGGAAUACAGACGAUUUCAUCAACUCAUGCGGGAAAACCGGAAUCACCACAACAGAAAAGGCAUCUUCAUUCCUCCAAGGCCGAGUUUCAGCACACUACGCCUACCAUGGCUACGGCAUGUUCCUAGUCUCGCGGCAGACCGAUGACGGCUUGAAGCCGAUCGGCACAGUCUCGCUCAUGAGAGGCAUUCCGCCAGGCCCGGGUUAUCUUGCCCCCGAUAUCGGGUUUGCCAUGUUACCCGAGGAAGGUCGGAAGGGGUAUGCCACCGAGGCGGCGAAAGGUCUUUUGGAAUACGCGAGUAAGAACCUGGGGGUGGAUGCUGUGUUCGGAUUCUGUUCGCCUACGAAUGAAAGGAGUCGGGGCGCUUUGGAGAAAAUUGGGAUGGAGUUUAGGGGAAUCAGGCCUUUGAAGGUUUUUGGGGAUGAGGAUAAUGCUGUUUAUGCUUUGCCGGGGAUGAGUGAGGAUUUGAGUGUUUAUAAUCUAGAUUGA